UAGAACAUUAUUUGUGUCUGAUGUGAAAUUUCAGAUGCUCCUUUGACUCCCAGAAUUGAUAUCCCUUUUGGUGAUCUGAAGGAGGGCCAGUCUGUCACUAUAACCUGCUCAGCUUCAACUCCGUGUCUACUCUCACCUCCUAAACUCACCUGGAAUCUCCAACAAGACUCUCUCAGACAAACAGAGAAAACCACAGAGGGAACCUUUACAACUAAAAUCCAGAAGAACAUCACUCUGUCAGACACACAUGAUGGAUACAACAUCAAAUGUUCUUCCAGACAUCCUGCGGCUGAAAAAAGCAACAAAGCAGAGACAGAAGUGACUCUCAGUGUUUCAUAUGCUCCUAGAAACACCUCAGCAUCCAUCAGUCCAUCAGCUUUGGUGUCAGCAGGUAGCAGGGUGGAGCUGAACUGCUCCAGCAGAGCCAAACCUCCACCCAGCUUCACCUGGUUCAGGAACAGCGGACGUGGAUUCAUUAAAGUGGCUUCAGUAUUCAGUAUGAGCUUCAGUGCUGCUGAGCGAGGAGACUAUUACUGUGAGGCCACAAAUAGGCUUGGUAGUGAGAAAUCGAAACGCAUCUGUCUUGACCUCAUUGAUGCUCCUUUGACUCCCAGAAUUGAUAUCCCUUUUGGUGAUCUGAAGGAGGGCCAGUCUGUCACUAUAACCUGCUCAGCUUCAACUCCGUGUCCACAAUCACUUCCUGAACUCACCUGGAAUCUCCAACAAGACUCUCUCAGACAAACAGAGAAAAACACAGAGGGAAUCUUUACAACUAAAAUCCAGAAGAACAUCACUCUGUCAGACACACAUGAUGGAUACAACAUCAGAUGUUCUUCCAGACAUCCUGCGGCUGAAAAAAGCAACAAAGCAGAGACAGAAGUGACUCUCAGUGUUUCAUAUGCUCCUAGAAACACCUCAGCAUCCAUCAGUCCAUCAGCUUUGGUGUCAGCAGGUAGCAGGGUGGAGCUGAGCUGCUCCAGCAGAGCCAAACCUCCACCCAGCUUCACCUGGUUCAGGAACAACAAACAAGGAGUCACUAAAGUGUCUACGGAGCAGGUUUACAGCUUCAGUGCUGCUCCUACUGAAGAAGGAGACUAUUACUGUGAUUCCACAAAUGAACUUGGUAGUGAGAAAUCGGAAAGCAUCUGUAUUGACAUCGGCGAUGCUCCUUUGACUCCCAGAAUUAGUAUCUCUACUUGUAAUCUGAAGGAGCAUCAGUCUGUCACUGUAACCUGCUCAGCUUCAACUCUCUGUCCACACUCACAACCUGAACUCAUCUGGAAUCUCCAACAAGACUCUCUCAGACACACAGAGAGAAACGCAGAUGGAACCUUUACAACUAAAAUCCAGAAGAACAUCACUCUGUCAGACACACAUGAUGGAUACAACAUCAAAUGUUUCACCAGACAUCCUGCGGCUAGAAAAAGCAACGCAGCAAAGACAGAAGUGGCUCUCAGUGUUUCAUAUGCUCCUAAAAACACCUCAGCAUCCAUCAGUCCAUCAGAAGGUCACUGGGUGGAGCUGAGCUGCUCCAGCAGAGCCAAACCUCCUCCCAAAAUCACCUGGUUCAAGAAAGGCCCGGAAAGAACCACUGAAGUAGCUACAGGCAUCUUUCACAAGGUUAAAUUCACUGGUGGCGAUCAGUACUACUGUGUAGCUGCAAAUAAGCUGGGAAAACAGAAAUCAUCACCGAUCAGUCUCACAGUAAAAGGUACAAACGGACUUGGAGCCUGGAUUCUUGCAAUAAUAGGGGCCGUGGGAAUGGUAGUUCUUGGCAGUACAGUCUUCAUCCUUGACACCUGGUUCAUUCACUCCUAAUCCAGUCAAGCUCAUGAGUUGUGCUUGUGUGAAGCAUUAAAAUAAAAUGCUACAACUCUCU